GGCAGUUUCCGGCUGCAGCUUCAAAAGAACAAACACUCAAAACAAAGGAAGCGGUCCCUCCGGGGCAGGAAGCAGGACGCUGAGGCUGCUGGGUCCUCGGCUGAAGCCCAGGGACAGUGGGAUGGAGUCUGUGGCCCUGUACAGCUUUCAGGCCACCGAGAGUGAUGAGCUGGCCUUCAACAAGGGGGACACGCUUAAGGCAUCCCCAGGGACAGGCUCCUAUCACUCACACCACCUUCAGGACUCCUUUUGUUGUCUGCACCCAAUCCUGAACAUGGAAGAUGACCAGAACUGGUACAAGGCAGAGCUCCGAGGAGCCGAGGGUUUUGUUCCCAAGAACUACAUCCGUGUAAAGCCACACCCGUGGUACUCGGGUAGGAUUUCUCGGCAGCUGGCUGAAGAGACUCUGAUGAAGCGCAACCACCUAGGAGCCUUCCUGAUCAGGGAGAGCGAGAGUUCCCCGGGCGAGUUCUCAGUCUCUGUGAAUUAUGGUGACCAGGUGCAGCACUUCAAAGUGCUUCGAGAGGCCUCAGGGAAGUACUUCCUGUGGGAGGAGAAGUUCAACUCCCUCAACGAGCUGGUCGACUUCUACCGAACCACCACCAUCGCUAAGAGACGGCAGAUCUUCCUGUGUGAUGAGCAACCGCUGAUCAAGCCACCCCGGGCUUGUUUUGCCCAGGCCCAGUUUGACUUCUCCGCACAGGACGCAUCUCAGCUCAGCCUCCGCCGAGGUGACAUCGUGGAAGUUGUGGAGCGCGAGGACCCACACUGGUGGCGGGGCCGGGCAGGUGGGCGCCUGGGCUUCUUCCCACGGAGCUACGUGCAGCCGGUACACUUGUGACCACACGAGACCAGAGGAGCGAUGCUCUGGGCUCGGCUUCCUCUCACUAACCAGGACCAACACAGGUCACCACCGGGCUGGGAGCCAAAGCUCCCGGCCUGACUGCUUCCCAUUGGUCUCUGGGUUUGUGACAUCACCUGCCAUUGACAAGGCCCAUCCUUGCCAGACUUGAGGACCCAACUGCUAAUGGCUAGGGCCCAGCUAGAAAGCAUUUCCCUUGAACAGCCAACUGCUGCCCAUCUUCCAAAGGCCUUUCAGGUUGUACAAGUUACUGGGAACUGGCUUAACCCUGGGCAACCUCAGCUUCCAUAAGAGUGCAAAGUUCUUCCCCUCUAGCAGCUUGGAGCCUCCUGGCCUUACCCCACCAGCACUGGAAUGAGGUCAUACAGAGGUGGAUCCCAUUGGAAGAGGCCUGAGAGGGUCAGAAGCGAUGCAGUGGGGUUCCUCCUGUUGGCUACAGGCAGAGCCCAGCUUGGAGGCCUUGGCUCUGCAGGUUCAGGAGGAACAGCCAGACUAUGGCCAGCACUGAGUGAAUGUACAGCACGAGGGUGGCGCCUGGCCAGGGGGGAUCCCGAGCUGCUGCUACCCAGAGUCAGAGCAUCUUCAGGUUAGGAAAAGUGAGUCAGACUUGGCAAGGCCUGGCAUGGUGGUGGGCUUUGGAGGGGAGGGGAGACAGAGACUGAGAGACAGAGAGACAGAGACAGAGAAAGAGACAGAGACAGAGAGAGAACCUCUGUGGCUGUCUUUAGUCCCCUCAGAGUCCAGGUUGCAGGUCUCUGGGAUUCUUCCUGAGUCCAGGGCUGGCCCAAGACCCUCCUGUGAGCCUGGCAUACCCUACGCUCCCAACCCGUACCUGCAUAUUCAAAAUAAAACAUUAACCAGUGGAUGUCAA